AUGGUGCCUCUUCCGCUGUUCAAGCUUGCUUCUUUGUUCGUCCGACAUGUGUCCAAAUAUGGAGCCAACCGGAUCAAGUCACAAGCCCAUGACCACCCUCAGUUUCGCGCGUUCGCUGCCAGAUACGGCCAGAAGAUUCACCAGCUUAACAUGAGACUGUCCGUAGCGUUAUUACGAGACGUGGAUGCGGAACGGAAAGCCAAGGAGAAGGCUGAGGCACCAACUGUCAAGACAAAGGAGCAGGUGGAGAAGGAAGAGCAAUUGAAGGCCAAGUACGGGUCAACGGCGGAGGGUGCCAGCCAGUGGAGGAACCCCCUGAGAACCAGCGUAUGGAAACGGCGGUUCAAGCCCCUGCCCGAGGGAAAAGCUGUCGAUCUGUUCGCAGAUGUCAUAGGAGAUGGCUUUAUUCUCCUCGUUGCCACGGCCCUGAUCCUCUACGAGACCUGGCGCUCAUCGAUCAAACCGGACAAGAACAAGGAGAUGAUCGAGGAGCUGAACAAGCGCUUCGAGGAGCUGCAGCUCAGAGAAAAGGAUCAUGAGGAGGAGGAGAGGCGACAGCAGAGUAGGAUACAACAGCUGGAGGAGGUACUGCGGAACUACAAAGACCCCAAGACCAAGCAGCCUUUACUUCCGUCACCCACACCAGCAAUAUGA